AUGGUCACGACCAUCGACAAGGCGCCCAAGAUCAACGUCACCAACCGCGACUUCUGGUCGCGCGCGGCGGAGGCCUGCAAGGCGGCCUACUUCUCCUUCAACCCGAAGCAGCUCUAUGGAGAGAAAAAAGUUUGUCACAGUCACUAACUUGCAGGUUUUGCAUUACAAAUUUUCUCAGCAUCACAAACUUUCCUUGUAUUGCAGAAACACUAGGGAAAUCGCUAAUCAAUGAAGUGUGGCUGUGAUGCAUUUUUACGCAUGACAAACAAUUUUGUAUUGCAAGAAUGCGCAUGAGUGAUCGUGACGAACUUUUUUUCUUUGAUAAACUCACCGCGGUCUGCAACGCCUUCAUGCAGGCCAAGUACUACGACAAGCACCUGCUCUAUGGAAGCGUCAGGUUUGUUGAAAUCGUCAAAGUUGAAAUAAUUUGUAAUGCAUAAAAUGCGAUGCAAAAAGUGACGCUAUUGCAGAGGGCCCACGGGAGGCAGAUUAUAGUCCUGGUAAGAGUCAAAAAUUGGACUGCUAACUAGCAUGACAGAAGGCAGCUCUUUUGCCCUAAACCGCAUGACAGACUCGCUUCCAGGACCGGGAAAAUUUGUCAUGCGCCGACUGCAAACUGUAGGUCUAACUGGUAUCCGUUUUAUGCAUGACAAACUAUUUCAACUUUGACGAUUUCAAACCUGACACAUCCAUAUGCUCUCCUUCCUCGCGAAACAGAGCGCGCGCCUGGUGCACAACUUCCGCCCGAAUGACCUGGCCGUCCUGUUGAAGGCCUUCUCCUGGC